AUAAGCCGGUGGUGGGCGAAUCCAAGUUGAAAAUGGCAUUUGCAUUAGUGCAAUUGCGGCCGGCCCCAUUGCGAUCUCUUGUUAAUGUCCGAAAAAGAAGAUUUAGUAAUCUUUGUUUUCAACCCGUCUCUACUUGUUCGCCCGCUCCUAAAUCGCUCAACACUCAAUUCUUCACCCGGAAAGGGAAUAAUAAUUGUUCUAUAAUUGUAAAAUCUUCUGUGAAUUUUUCCCCCAUUGUGUCUCCGGAGGAUGAAUGGGGUAUUUGGAUGUCUCUUUUUGCAACUGGCGCUUUUGGUCUCUGGUCAGAGAAGACUAAAAUUGGGAGUAUGGUUAGUGCUGCAUUGGUUAGCACAUUGGUGGGGCUGACUGCAAGUAAUAUGGGAAUUAUUCCUUAUGAAGCGCCAGCAUAUUCAGUUGUGUUGAAAUACCUGCUGCCGUUGACAAUACCGCUACUGUUGUUCAGAGCUAAUAUGCGGGAUGUGAUACGCUCUACCGGUCCUCUACUCUUGGCUUUCUUGCUCGGAUCAGCUGGGACGAUUAUUGGGACCAUAGUGGCAUAUAUGAUGGUUCCUAUGAGAUCACUUGGUCAAGAUAGUUGGAAAAUAGCUGCUGCCCUCAUGGGCAGCUACAUUGGCGGAACCAUUAAUUAUGUUGCUAUCUGUGAGGCACUUGGUGUGUCUCCAUCAGUUAUGGCUGCAGGUGUUGCUGCAGAUAAUGUUAUCUGUGCAAUAUAUUUUAUUGCACUGUUUUCAUUGGCCUCCAAAAUACCUCCAGAGGCCUCGGCAUCAAGUGAUGAUGCUACUCAGGUUGUGAACUUAGACCCUAGCAACAAACCUGUGCUGCAGAUUGCUACAGCAGUUGCCGUUUCGUUUGCUAUUUGUAAAAUUGGAACUUGGUUUUGUCGCUUUUUUGGAACUCAAGGAUGUGAUCUUCCUGCUAUUACAGCAAUAGUUGUUCUUUUAGCGACAUUAUUUCCUGCAUAUUAUAGAAACCUUGCAAAUGCUGGUGAUGCAGUUGCAAUAGUGUUGAUGCAGAUAUUCUUUGCUGUUGUGGGUGCGAGCGGGAGUAUUCGGAAUGUGAUGAAUACAACACCUAGUAUAUUUGUGUUUGCUUUAGUUCAAGUAAGUGUACAUCUUAUUGUGACUCUAGGAUUAGGGAAGUUAUUUGGGUUGGAUGUAAAGAUGUUGAUUUUAGCAUCGAAUGCUAACGUUGGAGGGCCUACAACAGCUUGUGGAAUGGCGAAUGCAAAGGGAUGGGCCUCUUUAGUUGUUCCUGCUAUUCUUGCUGGCAUAUUUGGGAUUGCUAUUGCCACAUUUCUUGGCAUUGCUUUUGGAAUCUUUGUUCUCAAACACAUGUAAUUUGAGGGACUACCAUUUCUAGUUUCCUCCUCUCUUCACUCUUGUGUAGUAUUACUUGUCUCUUCAAUUCAUUUUGCUGCAAAUCUCCACUCUUGGUGUUAUCCUCAC